UGGUCAGAGCGACCUCUAGCGGGCACGGCAUUUACCGGCCGGUUCACACGGCAGCGCCGUGAUAAUAAAAGACAAUAGCAGCGAGGGCUGAUUUUGAAUCGGCGCCAGGAGCCCGCUGCCCGGCCGAGCAGACGUGACGAGCAGACAGGGGCGUCAAGGCUGGGUGCAAAGUGAAGCGGAAGUACAGGGAGGGGGGGACCCAAACAAAAACCAACCCAAGGCGGGUCCGCGCUAGCUAGAUGGAGGGGCCGCUGGAUCGCAGCCGCGCGUCGCCCUCCGCCCGCAGCACGGGGCGGGUGAGCGGUGCCUAGACGGGACAAGGGAGCCGAGGCGGGCGCGGUGCCACCCGGCUUGGGUGGGGGGCUGCAGCCCGGAGCAGCGAGCGAGCGAGGGGCGGGUGCGGGGUUCAGGCAGCGGCUGGGACGGAGCAUGCUCAGAUCGCUCGGGCAGGCAGCGGAUGGGGAGCCGCGUGUGAGAUUACAGCGGAGCGAGCGGGCAGCUGCUACUUCGCGCCGAGCUCGCUCCGGCGCGGGGCGAAGGGAGGAGGCGCCGCCUGAUGGGAUUGCAGCCGCCGCCGGCUGGGAGCUCUCGGUGCAAGGGGCCAGCGGAGGGGCAGCGAGCCAGGGGCGCGCUCCGGAGCCGGGCGAGCGGCGCGGAGAGGGGUUACCUGCACCCCUGGGCGCCUCCGCUGUCCCCGGCAGGAUUACAGGAGCGGGGGGAAGGCAGAGUCCGCCCGGUGCCGGCCGUUCCUGGGCUCGGCCAUGUGCCUGGGUACUUAGCAAGAAGGAAAGCCUGCAACGGGGGAGGGGGCCGGAUAUUUUGUUGGGGGGGGCGGAGGGGAGCCCCACUCUCCAGCUCGCUGUGUGACAGAAGGAAGCAGCCUUCUCUCCACUGGUGGGGAUGAAGGCACCAACUUGGAGAGGCAGCCCCAGUGGCUUGGUCUCUGGGGCUGGGAGGUUGACUCCCAUGGCUGUAUAGGAUCCUCCCACUACCACUAUGGAUCUGCUGGUGCUGAUGAACAUCAGUGUUGGCACCCCCAAUGGAUCCCUUGCCUUCCCCUCCUCUUCCUCCUCGCCCCUACAGCAGCCUCCCUCUCACUACUCCCCUGGGGCUGUGGCCAGUUUGGCAGCCGUGGUGGGUUUCCUGAUCGUCUUCACCAUCGUGGGCAACGUGCUGGUGGUGAUCGCGGUGCUGACCAGCAAGGCGCUGCGAGCCCCCCAGAACCUCUUCCUGGUGUCCCUGGCCAGCGCUGACAUCCUGGUGGCCACCUUGGUCAUGCCUUUCUCCUUGGCCAACGAGAUCAUGGACUACUGGUACUUCGGCAAAGCGUGGUGCAACAUUUACCUGGCGCUGGAUGUGCUGUUCUGUACUUCCUCCAUUGUGCACCUGUGCGCCAUCAGCCUGGACAGGUAUUGGUCUGUCACCCAGGCGGUGGAGUACAACCUCAAACGGACUCCACGGAGGAUCAAGGGGAUCAUCCUCACUGUCUGGCUCAUCUCAGCCAUUAUUUCCUUCCCACCCUUGAUCUCCGUGUACCGGGACCCCGAGGGGGACCUCUUCCCCCUGUGCAAACUCAAUGAUGAAACCUGGUACAUCCUCUCUUCCUGCAUUGGCUCCUUCUUCGCCCCCUGCCUGAUCAUGGUGCUGGUCUAUGUCCGCAUCUACCGGGUGGCCAAGCUGAGGACCAGGACCCUUUCUGAGAAGCGCACGGUGCCCGAGGGCUCUUCCCUGUCUGAGAAUGGGCUGAGCCGGGCCCGUCGGGGCUGCACGUCACUGAGGAUGCAGCCAGGGGAGAAUGGACAUUACUCGGUUCACCAGUGGCGCAAAGCUUCAGAGCUGGAGGACAUUGAGCUGGAGGAGAGCAGCACCUCAGAGAGCAGGCGGAGGCGGAGCCGGGAUGAUCACCCCCGCAAAAGCAGUAAGAGCCAGUCCUUCUCAUACUCCUACUCCUCCAAGCGCUCCAGCAAUCGCUCCAGGGAUCUCUUCUCCUCUCACCGCCGCAAGAAGCGGAGCAGCGUCUGCCGUAAGAAGGUCACCCAGGCCCGGGAGAAACGCUUCACUUUUGUGCUGGCUGUGGUCAUGGGGGUCUUUGUGGUGUGCUGGUUCCCCUUCUUCUUCAGCUACAGCCUCUAUGGCAUCUGCCGGAAGGCAUGUGAGAUCCCUGAGACUCUCUUCAAGUUCUUCUUCUGGAUCGGGUACUGCAAUAGUUCCCUCAACCCGGUCAUCUACACAAUCUUCAACCAGGACUUCCGCAGGUCUUUCAAACACAUCCUCUUCAAGAAGAAGAAGAAGAAUUUUCUGCACUGAGCUGGAGUGGAGGGGAAGUGUCUGCACUGAGCUGGAGUGGAGAGGAGAGGGGACAAGUGCUGGAGUAGAGUAGUGAAGA